AUGUCGUGGAUUUUUCGUACGAAAAUUUCCAAAUCAUAUUUCUACGUAUGGUAUCUUGGCUCGAAAGAAGCUGACGGCAUUCGAGGAGCAGCAGUGGUGCUGCCAAUCAUGCGUCAGCUCUUGAGGGACAGCUUCAAGAAGACACCAAACAAAGCAACCGUUCAGAUUUCAAACAAAGGACUCAAACUUGUCCAAUCGGUUCCGGCAAUGUCACGUAGUGGGAAAGUGAAGAUGCAGUUGGCAAAGUUUCAAAUUUCCGCCAGCUGUAUCACUUAUAGUAUGACUGGUCGAGCACCGUUCGACGACGUGGUGGGAGUAGUGAUGUUGGUGAUCAAUCCGGAGAUGAACUCCCCCGUGCACGUGCACUGCUACCGUUGUGAUAGUCCCGAGACGGCACAGAUCAUGCACGCCAACAUACAGAACUCCCUGCAGUCGAUGGACAUACGAAAAGACUCGCCGUUCGUUGAAACGCAAUCUGAUGUCCCGUUGCGCAUGUUUGGUGACACGUUACUAAGAGAAGCAAAGUCGAAGAGUCUGGACAACCUUGAUAUAAAUGCUGUUUCUACGUGA